GUGUAUUCCACAGUGUGACAUGAGUGCACCAACAUGAUAUUAACAUCAAAUCCAUGCUUGCCAUUAAUCUAAUGGAUGAAGAUCAGGCUUUUAUGAUGUCACCGGGAAGCGGGCUUGAGUACAAAGAGCUUACUGAUGGUCUUGUCUGUCCGCCACGUGCGCCCGCUGGCCCCCACGCUUCCUGACGUCAUGUUGCAAUGACACAGGAGCCCGACGUGCUUCCCUCCGAGGGUCACCACUUUCCCAUAUCAGCACAAGCCGUGGGUCAGCCCCUCCUCCCCCUCCCACCCGCCUUCUUUUCUCUGCCGGUCUAUCCCUCCACCUGCUCCCCGGAGACACACUCCAUUGUCCCCCGGGGGCCAUAAACACUUCAUUGAGCAUGUGGCGGCCCUUCCCAGCCUCCCCAUUGGCUGAGGGAGUGUGAGAACCUCCAGCGAGCCACAGACCCACACAUUCAUAUGGAGAUUGGCGGGUAUAAAUAGAGGGUCUGCGGCGCUGAGGAAGGCAGAUCAGAACUUCCUAGCUCUUCCAAGCAUGGCUCCGACUGCUUAUGCAUCAGCUCACUUCCCCAAGGAACACCUGACUUCUUCUCACAAGAUGAGGAAGCCAAUGGUGGAGAAGCUGCGGCGAGACCGCAUCAACACCAGCAUCGAGCAGCUCAAGUCCCUGCUGGGCCCCGAGUUCCUCCGCCAGCAGCCCGACUCCAAGCAGGAGAAGGCGGACAUCCUGGAGAUGGCCGUGUGCUACCUGAGGAGCUGGCAGCAGCUCAAAGCCAGCGCGGCGUCCUCCGCCAAGGACGGCUACGCCCACUGCGUGCACCAGGCGGUCGACUUCCUGUCACGCUGCAAGAUCCAAACCCCGGCCCAGAGGCGCCUGCUGGGACACUUCCAGGACCUGCAGGGAGCUCCUUGCAGCGUGUCCCCACCGGGAUCCCCCCUCCAGGGCGGCUCCGGCAAGGGAGCCGGCGUGCCCGGUGUCACCCUGUGGAGACCCUGGUAGUCAACCUACCAGAACCAGAACCACGAAUGAAGUUCUUUUGCGUCACUGUGUGGCCUAACGUAAUCCUUUGGAAGGACUCCAGUACGAUCAUGCGGUCAUCAUGUGACCUUUUUAUGUGUACGUUUGUCAAGCAAACUUAUUUCUUGUCAUCACACCCACGUUGGGUUCGACUCCCUGAAGUGUCUGCGACACACUUUUCGAUACCGUGUAUCACGUCAGUCAGCAUCCUAAAUCCUACGGAUUGACUCAUGUCGUAAAUCAUUUCUUGAUUUCUCAGCGUUAUCACCAUGUGUAACCAUUAUUUGUGGUGUUUUGUUUUAAUGUUGCAUUGUUUUGCAUGCGUCCGUGUUGUCCUCUGAAUGCCUUUUAUAAAGGAAUCCCCUUGCUUCCCUGAGAAGUUGGCUCUGAAA